AUGGCCCUGAGACCCAGCCGACCCAGCAGGAAUGUCCUCGAUCCUCGCCGCCUGGGGAAGCAGAACUCUGGCUUUUCAGAUGACGACAUCGCCGAUAUAAUAUGCCUCCUCCUUCCCUAUUCGAACGGCGCCCGCGCCGAGCUUCGCGAGAUGGCCCUGCGAACUUCUCAACACAUGGUCGACGCGGACGAGGCAGCGCAUCCCGACCUACAAGCACUCGAGGGCCAGAGCAUCAUGCCGCAUCUUGUUGGCGAGCAUGCCUUGGUCUUGCGUCUUUCAGCGCAUGUCAAGGACCCUCUCCAGGGCUUCACGUUCGGUCGGAAUGUCACACGGUGUGAUGUGUGCUUCCACAACGAUCCUAUGAGGAGGCUCAGCAACAUACAUUUUCGGAUCUACCUCAACGAGUAUGGCGUCCUUAUGCUGGAGGACUCUUCCAUAAAUGGGACCGUUGUCGAUGGAACGCUGCUGAAGGCCAGGCAAGGGGACCGAGCAAAAACAGGAGAAAAGAAGCUACCGAAGCGCAGGACCAUCAACCCGGGCUCAAAGAUACAGAUCCUCAUGCACGAGGGCCAGGAUGAUCUGGACUUUAUCGUGCAGAUCCCACGCCGGGAAGGAGACUAUGAGGAAACAUACAGGAGGAAUCUGACUCGUUACAUGAAGCGCCUGCAACAGAUCCGCGCUGAGAACGAGCCUGUAGAUGCGGCCAAGACCAUAACAGCUGGACCAGGGGGACAUGUGGACUUGUUCCCUGUGAACGAAACCAAACAGCCGACGCCACGUGCCAAGCGUCAACUGCGACUGCCAGACGAUCCAACGCAGGAGGACAUGGGAAGAUUGCCCAAGGAGUGGACUGGCUCGAACAGGUACAACCGUGUUGGGCGCAUCGGCAAAGGCGCCUUUGCGACAGUUUACAAAGUGACUGCGAAAUUCGACGGGAAACCGUAUGCCGCCAAGGAGCUAGACAAGCGGAAAUUCAUGAAGAACGGCGUGCUCGAUCAGAAAGUCGAGAAUGAGAUGAGGAUCAUGCAAAGAGUGAAGCAUGCGAAUAUCGUCGAGUACAUUGAGCAUAUUGACUGGGACGAUCGGCUUAUGAUCAUCAUCAUGGAGUAUGUCCCUAACGGUGAUCUUGGCAGCCUCAUCGGCGAUAAUGGGCCGCUGAGAGAGGACAUCGUCCGGGAGAUGUCCAGUCAAAUGCUCAGUGCGUUGUCAUACCUACACGCCAACAACAUCACGCACCGUGAUGUUAAGCCAGACAACAUUCUCUGCCACUCGUACAGUCCUUUCGUCGUCAAGCUGACAGACUUCGGGCUUUCCAAAAUGGUUGAAACCGAGCAGACCUUCUUGAAAACCUUCUGUGGAACAUUAUUGUACUGCGCUCCAGAAGUGUACAACGAAUUUGCAGAAUACGAUGAGUACGGCCACAGGCAUCCGAGGAACAGGCACCGCCGCAGACCCCAGGGUCAGCGAUACGACCAUGCUAUAGACAUUUGGUCUCUGGGCGGCGUGCUAUACUAUACCCUUACGGGGGAUCCUCCCUUUCCGGCAAAGAACGGGAUCAGUUACACCGAACUCCUUCAUCAGAUCAUGACCAAGAAGCUGAACACGCAGCCAUUGGAAAAGAUGAGUAUUUCGGAAGAUGGCAUCGACUUUCUGCUGCGAAUUAUUCAGAGACGUCCAGAGCAGCGUGCAACGAUAGAGGAGCUUCGGUCUCACCCGUGGUUACAGGGAACAGAAUUCUCGAACGAGGACGACGUUGACGAAGGCCUCCAAAAAGAAGCCUCUCAGUUGAGCCUUCAGGACAGAGAUUCUCCAGUGCGGAUCCCCGCCAGUGUUGAUGGGAUUGACGACGACGAUGACCUCAACUUGGAGCAAUAUGACGGAGAAGGGGUCGAUGACGUGCAAUUCGAUGGCUAUGAGUCUCAAAAGGAGAAUUACACGUUCGGCCAGAUGGACCAACAGCGCUCAAAGCUCUUCGGGGAGGUCAACGGGUCAGCCGUUGGUAGUGCAGGAGUCAUCCCGUCAACUCGCCUGAAUUUGCCGGACUCAGUAGUGAGCUUGGACAGAACAGAAAUCCUUGAUCCCGAGAUCAAGGAUAGCUACGGGUCAGAGGACUCGACGCCUCGGCAGACCAAGAGAUCCCAACCUACUCCGCGCGCCGCCGUCCCAGCAGCCCUGACACAGAGCCGUCGGUCUGUCAGUCGCUCUCUUGAUGAGAUCAACAACAUGACAUUUGACGCCGAGUCCCAGGAUCUCGAGGGUGCAGAGUCCCAGCUGGAGCAUCUGAAUAUGAAAUCGUUGCUUCCCACAAAUGGCAUGUCUUACAUGAGCAGCUUCAACACGAGCAAGAGGAAACCCGGUUACGACAUGAGCGAUGAGUUCGACAACACCCCAAGAGCACGACCCCCUAUCAAGAAACUCAGGUCUGACAGCCUCUUUGGUGAUGCGAUGAGCUGGGACGAAGACAGCGAGCAGGGCUUGUAUGCACAGAUUCCGCCACUAUCUCGUGUCAACUCGAGCAGGCAGAUCGACAAGCCUGUGCAUAAGUCGACUUAUUGGGACGCACGAGACAAGGGAAGUUGGCAUCUCAGAUAUCCAGAGAUGACUCAGUUGCAGCACGAUGCCUUCGCUUCAGCAGCGAAAGCCAGAGGGGAAUCCUUUGCUCCAGGCAAGUCUGCACUCUGGGACUUGGCGAUGAAGCAUUUCCCACCGGCAGAUGGCCAGACGCCGCCGCCGCCUGAGGAUGGUAGCAGUGCAUCUGACGCCGAGUCAAGGGCGUCGAGACGCAGAUCUGACGCAUCCAGUGAUCGGCCCUGGGGCUCGGACAACGCGGGCAAUGAGGACGAAGACAUGCCUGACACACUUCCCCCAGAUCACGGCACCGUCAUCCCGGCUCAAGCGGAUCCACCACUCAACAGAGUCGUGGCCACUCUCGAGUCGGCGGAGGGGUCUGUUGUGUCUGGUAUAUCGGUUCCAAUCAACCAGGCCAUGAUUUCCUGGGGACGAGCCCCGGAAAACACCCAUAUUUACACACCAAAAACAGAGUCCAAGGUGCCCAAGUACGCUCUGAAAGUCAUACUUUGGAAAGAAGGCUACGAACCAUCCAAAAACUUUCGCCCAUGGAACAGUGCGACGGAUGGAUUCCAUUUCUUCAUGUCCACCAAGGCUACCAACGGCAUACAGAUCAACAAGACCGUCCUGCCAUCUGACGAGCCUAAGAACCCCAAAGGUCCCUCAAAGAACUGGAUCGAGUUGCAUGACGGAGACCUAGUAACGUUCUGGAGGUCCGGCAAUGGAGAUGAGCAGCUCAAAGCUAAGCUCGUGUUUCGCUGCAGCUGGGGUGGUUCGUCGCAGCCACGAGCCACGCCUGCUGAGUUGGUCCAGCCAGAUCUCGCUGAACACUUGGAUGCGUCUUGUCGCAAGGCCGAAGACCGCAUCAAGAAGUUGGCGGAAUACGACCACAGCCUGGAAGAAGCCGAUCUGGAUGCCUUGGAGCGGCACAAAAACAUUGAGAGAGAGCGGCUACGGUCGCAAAAUUUUGAGACUAAGCGUCUCGAGGCUUGCCGAAUGUUGGCCAUGCGGGCGAGUCGCCGGAGCUCACCGGCGUCUGCAUCGCCCAUCGUCCCACCGUCUUCGGCGCCACCAGCUAUCAUGACCGGUGUUGGGGCGAUUUCACGACAUAGGAGUGUCCCAGCGCUUAAGCAUGCGACGUCAGGCCUGGACACGCGCGCGCUGCAGACCAUGGCUGAAGAGUAA